AUGAUGUCGCUGGAACAUGAUCACGAAAAGAAUGGCGGUGUUGAAACUAGUCAAGUCGUGGUCUCUGAAGACCGCAUUAUUAAGGACGGUGGCCUUACUUUCACGGCAGCCGAGGGCAUCAAUUCCACUGCCGUCACCUACCAAGAUGCAGCCGGUGCCCCCGUAGAAACGAAUUCUCCGCUUGGAUAUUCAGUGAGCUUUUGGACCAGUUUGUGCUUGAAUAUUAACCAGAUGAUUGGAACUGGUAUCUUUUCAACACCCGCCUCAAUUCUUGAGGGAGUCGGCUCGGUUGGACUCACUAUGGUCUACUGGUUUAUCGGAUACCUUCUUUCAGAGAGCACCCUUGCACUCUACCUGGAGUUCACCUCUUACUUCCCCAGUCGAUCCGGGGCCGAGGUCGUAUACCUCGAACAGGCAUUUCCAUUCCCCAAAUAUUUCUUCCCGACAAUAUUUGCCGCAAAGCAUGUGGUUUUCUCUUUCGGAAGCAGUAAUGCUGUGGUACUGGCGGAGUAUAUAUUCGGAAUUGGUGGGCUGUCAUACACAAAUUGGCAGCUAAAGGGUGUUGCAGUGGCAGCCUACACAGUUGCAUUUAUCGCUGUGAGUGUUAACACAAAAUGGUCGAUGCGACUUGUUGUUUUCUUCGGCUUCGUGAAGGUUUUGACAUUGCUCUUAAUUUCAAUCGCGGGACUGGUCGUACUCGGUGGCCAUACAAGGGUCGUGGACCCCAAAGUCAAUUGGCGCGAUCCGUGGGAAGGUACAUCAGGCGCAACAGCCUAUGGCGCUACCAACGCAAUGGUCAAGCUUGUAUUUUCCUAUGCCGGUUAUACCAAUGCGUUCAGUGUUGUAAAUGAAAUCAAAAAUCCCGUUAAAACACUCCGAUGGAGCGCGCCAAUCUCGCUUCUGAGCGUGACAAUACUCUACAUCCUUGUUAAUGUCGCAUAUUUUUCAGCAGCAUCGCGGGAAGAAAUCCUCGCAUCAAAGCAAAUUGCAGCAGCCAUUUUCUUCGAGAAGGUGUUUGGCUCUAACCAAGUCGCGCGUGGGUUGAAUGUACUCAUCUGUGCGGCCGCGUUCGGCAAUUUGAUGGUUGUCAUGAUCAACUAUUCACGCAUGCUUCGUGAGACAGGAAGAGAAGGCGUUCUCCCCUAUCCUAAGUUUUGGACUUCCACAAAGCCAUUUGGAACCCCGCUUGGGCCGUACAUCGUACAAUGGACAAUCACUGUGAUAAUGAUCAUCGCGCCUCCAGCUGGUGACGCCUUCAACUUUAUUGUCGAUCUUGCGGUCUAUCCUGGCAAUAUCUUCAACUUUUUACUCGUCAUCGGUCUUUUGAUAAUUCGCAGAAAACGCGCAAGACUUGGCUUGCCAAGGCCGGAAUACCGAGCAUGGAAUAUCGCGAUUGCCUUUGCGCUCCUCACCAACGUGUAUAUGUUGAUUGCGCCUUGGUACCCACCAUCAACCGGCGCAAAUGGCGGAGACGUCAGCUUUUGGUAUGGCACAUAUCUGGUGGUGAGCAUUGGACUAUUGGUUGCGUGUGGUAUUUACUACUAUUUCUGGAUUUGCUUGAUCCCUCGUUGGAAAGGAUAUGAGCACCGGAAGGCUCUUGUCGAGCUCGAUGAUGGAACUGUUACUCAUCAACUUACCAGAGUUCCGAAGAGCGAUGUGGCGCAAUGGGAUGAAGCACACGACGCCACAGGUCGGCUCCAUCGGCGAAUCGGCUAUAGUGGCACACUCUAA